GGACUUUUGCUUCGUUUUCGACAGUAGUGAUUGAUUGACAUUCUAGAAUUCAAUUUCACGCCAACUUCACUCUCUUUCAGAAAACAAAAAUGUCGAAGAGAGGACGUGGUGGUUCCGCGGGAGCAAAGUUCCGAAUUUCCCUGGCUUUGCCAGUAGGAGCUGUAAUUAAUUGCGCCGAUAACACUGGAGCCAAAAAUUUAUAUGUAAUCGCCGUUCAGGGAAUUGGUGGUCGAUUGAAUCGACUACCAGCGGCUGGUUCAGGUGACAUGCUCGUUGCCACCGUGAAGAAGGGAAAGCCAGAACUCCGGAAAAAGGUCAUGCCUGCAGUCGUCAUCCGGCAGCGCAAGCCAUUCCGCAGGAAGGAUGGUGUUUUCAUUUACUUCGAGGACAACGCUGGGGUGAUAGUCAAUGCAAAGGGCGAGAUGAAAGGAUCAGCUAUUACCGGACCAGUUGCUAAAGAAUGCGCAGAUCUUUGGCCUAGGAUAGCGUCGAAUGCUAGUAGCAUUGCUUAAGGCGCUUGUAAAUGAAAAAAUGUUACGUGCAUUUAUUUAAAUUAAUAAAAGCAGUAACGUUAUUUUUUUUGUCUAA